AUGAUGUUCGGUCGUAGGUUAGGAACAAGGUUAUAUAGUUCUGGUGGUGUAACCAAUGAUUUUUUGAAGCAAAUUUUAUUGAGGGCCCAAGAGGUUACUUCAAAAGAAAAUAUGCAAUUGAAGAAGUCUAAAUCAUCUAAACCUGGAAAAGAAUUGAGUACUAAGAAUUCAAAUAGAAGAAACGAUAGAGGAGGACGCCCAGUGAGAAGAAAUGAUGAUAAAAGUAAAACUGUUAGUUUUCGUCCAAAGGACAAAAGAUCAGGAUCUGUUCAAACUUCAGCUAAAAGAAAUGGCAUGCAACAUAGUGAUGGAAAGAUCUCUCAACAAAAACAAUUUUCUAAGAAGAAUGAAAAGAGUGCUUCUUUCAAGAAAUUGGUUUCUGAUGAUCAAUUAAUAGAUUCAUUUUCAACUAUGAAGACUUUUAAGCCUACAAACAAGAAAACGGAUUCUUCUACUAGAAGAAACGUUGUUGGUGGCACCAAAACUAUUGGUGAAAAAUCUUUAGGUAAUGUUAAAGUUGGUGAUAUUAGGAUGAAAGUAGUCAAAAAAAUUAAAAAUGAUAUUUAUAUCCCACAACAGCCAACUGCUGUUUCAUUGUUAAAAUAUUAUCCAAAGCUUGCAAGCACUGCAAAUGAUAGGAUGAUUAGCUGUGCUAUAACUUCAUUAAAUGAAAAUAAUUUCCCAGUCAAUAGACCUUUGAAUCUAGGUAUUUCACGUACUUCUCGUGGUAAAUCUGGCUCAUUAAUCAAUAAUUUAAUAUCGACUGAUAUUAGCAAUUUGGGUUCCUAUAAUAAUAACACAUCCUUGGUUUUAAGAAAGGAAAAGCUAUUAAAAAAUAUUGUAUUAAAUAACAAUAACAACGAAAAUGUCAAUAGUAUUAUUGCAGGUAGAUAUCAAAACUUACCUACAUUGAAUUUGCAAGCUUUUCAAGCUAUUUCUAAAAAUGAAAAGAAGAAAUACGCCUUAGUCAAGAACAGUAAUGUCGUCAGAUUAAGUUUAGAACAAUCUGAUAAUCGUAUACCUUUUGGUAAGAAACAACAACUACUUGAUGUUUGUUCAGGAAUUAAGCCAGUAUCUGAGUUAACUCUUUAG